AUGGAAUUAUAUGUAACAUUUAAACAUAGUACAAAUUGCUUUGUUUGUUUACCACCAAAGAUUGUACAUUCUCUUUUCUUGUUGGCAGAGAAAAAUGCAAUCUCUGUUAAUUCAUUGACUUUGGAAUUGAGUUGGUAUGACAAGUCUACAAAGAAGGAAAGGAAGAUCAAUGUUGGGUGGUCGGGCGGUGCUUCCGAUCCGUCGAGUGGACCCGAUGCAAUAGAGAUGAAUGCAGAGCUUGGCGAUGCCAUUGGAAUUGCAGAUCAUACACGUGUCACCGUGAAAGCACAGAUAGGAUCGGUACCACAGGCAACGUCGGUACAGGUGGAACCACUCACCUCCGACGACUGGGAGAUAUUGGAACUUCACCAAGAGUACUUGGAACAACAGAUAUUGAAUCAAGUGAAUGUAAUGACACGUGGUCAGAUCGUACCGAUUUGGAUACACCAUUCGACCAUAAUCAAGCUAAAGAUAGUCGAUACUGCACCCAGUGAAAUCGUGAGACUAACGAACCAAGUGGAAAUAGCGGUCGCGCCAAAACCUAGAAAUCUACCGGCACCCGCUGCCACAGCAACACACAACGCAGAAUCACUGAAACCGCGUACUCUUCUCGUACAAGAUCUCUCUGUUGAUCCAACCACCUCACAAACAACCAUCUACAUCUCAAGUCAAUCAUUACAACAAUUCCAUUGGAAUGAAGGUGACAUCGUACAAAUUACAAUCGAUAAUUGUAAUAACAAUAAUAAUAACAAUAGUAGUGAUAAGAAUAAUAAGAAUAGUAAUAAUAAGAGUAAUAGUAGGAGAUAUUCUUUGUUUAAUGAUGAUAAUGAUAAUAUUGAUGAAAAUGAUCAUCAUAACAACAAAACCAAUAAUAAUGGUGAUGGUGCUCAAAAGAUAAAGAUUGGUGGUGCAAGAUCUAUAUAUGCUAGAGUUUAUAUUAGUUCACAAACGAGAUCGAAUCAACAUAUAUUGAUUGGAAGAAAUCAAAGAUUGACUAGUUCAAUCUUUAUAAACUCAAAGGUGCGUGUCAAACUUAUUCCACCACAUUCACUUCCGAUCUGUCCGAUACACUCUAUGACCCUUCACCAGGUAAUCUAUCAAAGCAAUCAUAUACCAUUUGCAGCAAAGACACCGAAAUCAAUGGUUCUACCUUCACAUGUAUUGAAAGAGAUCGUUCGCGAGUGGUCAGCUAAAUUCUUGUCAUCCACAAGAUAUCCAUUGGUGAACGGAUCGAUCCUCUCUAUUCCACCAUCUACCAAACACAAUACACCAACCAUCGAUCUAUUUAUACAAUUUAACCAACAACAACAAAAUCAACAACAACAACAACAACAACAAUCAAAAGAUAAGAAAGCUGAUUUUGCAUCAUAUCUAAACAGUACUAUAAAUAAUAGAAUAGGUGGUGUAUUAGAUGAUAAUAAUAUAUCUGCUGCUGUUGCAUCUUCACAUCAAAAUAAUAUUAAUAAUAAUAAUAAUAAUAGUCAACAACAACAACAACAACAACAUUCAAAUAAUAUAGAUAAUAAUAGUAAUAAGUAUCAAAUGAAUUAUGGAUUGUAUAUGGUUGGUGCAGAUUCAUUUAUGACUGAUAUAAAUAUAGGAAGAUUAGAGAAACUUUUGAAAUUAGAUGAUUUCUAUGAGAUUGGUGAUAUAUUUUAUAGAGUCGGUGGUAUUCAACAAAAGAUUAAAGAAUCAUUAGAGUAUAUGACACUAUUGUUGAGAUCUGACUAUUCUCUUGUUAGAACAAGACUUGGUACACCUGGAUUCGGUGGAAUCAUUAUCACUGGUCCACACGGAAGUGGUAAAACACUACUUGCAACUGCACUAUCAUCUUAUUUAGCAUCGAAUUCAAAUUCAUUAGCAUAUGUUGUCAAAUUAAAUUGUUCAGAGUUAAAAGAAGUAAAAGUAGAGAAAAUAAGAAAGAUUCUAGCAAAGACAUUCGAAAAAGUAGAGAAUUCACGUCCAUCGAUUCUGUUGUUCGAAGACCUCGAUGCAAUCCUACCGAAUCCAAAUGAACAAGAUCCAGGAAGUAAAAUAAGAUGCGAUCAAAUAGGAUCAUUUUUGAAGAAGUUGGCAAUUGCAGACUCCUCCAACCAGCAACACCCAAUCGUGAUGGUAGCCACUGCUCAAUCGACACAAGUACUCUACAAGGAGAUACAAACACCCGAUCUGUUUGGUAUGACCAUUGAGAUACCACCUCCAACCAGAGAGGAACGUAUCGAUAUUCUAAAGAUUCAUCUGAAACUACAUCAACUCGAGUUGGAUCCAAACGAUCCAGAGUCUAACCAGAAACAUCUCUUGAAAUUCUCAUCGACACUCGAAGGAUAUCUACCAAUCGAUGUGGAAGCUCUUGUUGAACGUAGUAUACAUAUUGCUUCCAUUCAUUCAUUGAAUGACUAUUCAAACUCGAUCGAUCCAAACAACAGCAACAGCAACAACUCCUCCUCUCUGACAUGCUCAUUGAAAUAUAUCAAGUUGGCAUAUAUCAAGGAGGCAAAAGAAGGAUACACUCCUAUUACUUUGAAGGGUGUGAAGCUGCAUGAAUCCGAUGCUGCGCAAUGGAAUGAUAUCGGUGGACUUGCCAAUGUUAGAGCUAUGGUGAAAGAGACUGUAGGAUGGCCGUCCAAAUAUCCAAGACUGUUCCAAUCGUCACCGAUUCGUAUGCGUUCCGGUUUGCUGCUGUACGGUCCUCCAGGUUGCGGAAAGACGAUGCUCGCUUCUUCGAUUGCCGGUGAAUUCGGUUUGAAUUUCAUCUCUGUCAAAGGACCAGAGUUGUUAAACAAGUACAUUGGUUCCAGUGAGCAGGCAGUACGUGAUAUGUUUACACGUGCUUCAUCGGCAACACCUUGUGUUUUGUUUUUCGACGAAUUUGAUUCGAUUGCUCCCAGAAGAGGACACGAUAGCACCGGUGUUACAGAUCGUGUGGUGAAUCAAUUCCUUACUGAACUUGAUGGUGUCGAAGGACUGCGCGGUGUCUACGUGCUCGCUGCCACUAGCAGACCGGACCUAAUCGACCCAGCACUCUUGCGUCCCGGUCGUCUCGAUAAGAGUCUCUAUUGCAACAUACCGGAGCAACAUGAAAGACUGGAGAUCUUGGAGAAGUUGGCUGCCAAGAUGAAUAUUGACCUCCAGGAAGUAUCACUCGUCUCACUCGCUGAGAAAACAGAACACUAUACCGGUACCGAUCUAAGAGCUCUCAUGUACAACUCACAACUAAAGGCCAUUCAUGAAUUCAUGAAGGAACGUGAGGAGAGAAAGAAGAAAGAAAGAGAGGAACAAGCGUCAAAGGAAUCCAAUAAUGUCGAUGGAUCAAACAUUGUUAUAUUUCAACCAAACAACAAAGACAAUAUAUCAGCUGAGAAACCAAUGACAAUGGAAGAAAGAUCGAAACUACUCAAAAAAAUCGAUGAGAUUAAACAACAAUAUUUACAAUCGGAUUCAAAUCUAGAUUCAAAUGAUAAGAACAAACAGAAUCAAGAUGACAAACCACCAUUAAUUAAACUUGCUCACUUUGAUGCAGCGCUAGCUGACUCUUCACCAUCAGUUCCACUUUCAGAAAGAAAGAGAUAUGAAAAAAUAAAGAGGUUCGGUCACAGGUCAAAAGAAAGAAGGACCGAAACAAACACUUGCAUAACUUAA